AUGAGUGGAACAGAUGAAGGGUAUGUAUGAUAUUGAUUUUUGAGUAGAAGCCAAGAUGAUUCUGAUGAUCAACAAUAAAUCACUACCUCUGUUAAUAUGAGUUUGUCUGAGAGACUCAAAUAAUAGGCUUUAGAUGUUCAUAGGAUGUUACAACAACUAGAAUAGGAGUUCGCAUAAGAGGAUUGCUAAACAUACUAUAUUUUGAGCAAGAAGUAUUUAAAUACAUAGAUUACGUAGUUGGUUAGAUAAAUGGAAGCUGUAUGUUUCUUAUGAUAAUGUUAUAAAUAAUUCAAGUGUUCCUAACAUCACUGGAUAGAUGAUACCCUAAAAUUACAAUCAUGAUCUGAUUGAAAAUUAUGUCAAUGAAUGUUUCAAAUAUCACCCUUUGAGUACAAAUCCUUGGAAUUAAUGGUUGAGACCCAAUCUCGAAGAUGGCAUAAAUUACAUUGUAAUUUCGCAAUAACUUUCGUCUUAUUUUAAUCAAUAUUACAGAGGGACCGUCAUAGCCAGAAAUGCCAUAGGAAAGGGAAAAGACAAGAAGGUUGUUGUUAAUUUGUUGAAGGUAUGAAGUAUCUUCUUACUAGAAUAGUUUAAUGCAAUUCUUAUGCUACCUAAUACUGUCAAUUAAAUUGCUCAAGACAAUCUAACUCAAUUAGAUAAAGAGUAUUUGUAAGUUGAUGAAAAUGCCAAUCUAUAAGAUUAUUAUGCUACAAUUCUUAGAACAGUACCCACAUUCAGAGGAAACUAUAAUGGUGUUCGUAUUUGGAGAUACACUAAUGAUACAGAUCCACACAAAGCAUUAUUUGCUGAAAUCAAAAAACAAGUUCAAGAGCUAGAUUUUAAUGAUGAUUAAGUCUUUAAUUUUUCAGGUUCUCCAGUUGAAAUUUCAUCAGACAUCACAUUUAAAUCAUUAAAUUUGACAGAUAAAGAUAUAAUUGUUAUUGAAGUAUCAAUAUAUUCUAAUUUAGUUUCAACAAGCAAAGAGACCAUGGUGUAUCAGACAUCCUACUGUUCCUAUUGAAGGAAAGUGUGAAGGAUGUUCUAAUAUUACAGUACUUAAUUUCCCUUGUAUAUGCAAAAAAGUAUCAUAUUGUACAGAGUAAUGUAAAAUUAAUGAUGAACGAUUCCAUCUACCAAAAUGUGAUCCUCUAGGAUCAGAUGAUGAAUAAGUUAAAUCUAUUCAAUUAUCUGAUAAAUCAGUAAAAGGAGUUGCUGGAUUAUCUAAUUUAGGUAAUACUUGUUUCAUGAACAGUGGUACUUAAUGUCUAUCAAACACUUAUUCAUUAACAGAAUACUUUUUAUCAAAUAAUUAUUUUGAAGAAAUUAAUGAAGAUAAUCCCUUAGGAACUAAAGGGUAAUUAGUUAGAAAAUUUGGAUCACUACUUAAAAAAUUAUGGUAUGGUGAUAAAAAUAUUGUAAUUCCUACUAGUUUUAAAAAAGCUGUUGGUCAAUUCUAACCAAUGUUUAAGGGAUUUUAAUAACAUGAUUCAUCAGAAUUGAUAACAUUUUUAUUGGAUGGAUUACAUGAAGAUUUAAAUAGAGUUAAAAAGAAACCUUAUGUGGAAUCUAAAGAUUGUUAAGGUCGACCAGAUGUUGAGGUGGCAAAGGAAAGUUGGGAAAAUCAUUUGGCUAGAAAUCAAUCAAUAAUAGUUGAUUUAAUGUAUGGUUAAUAUAAAUCAACUUUGAAAUGUCCAACUUGUUAAUAGAUUUCAAUAACUUUUGAUCCAUUUUUAACAGUUGGAUUAGGUAUACCUAAUAAGAAAUAGAAAUCCAUUUCAAUUAAAGUGAUAAAAUCAGUAGUUUCAAUAGAGAGUAAAUAUAUAAAUUUUGAUGGAUCUAAAAAAUCUAUGCCUUUACAAGAUUUUAUUAAAGAAUAUGUAAUUAAUGAAUUUAAGAUUGAACCUGAUAGUGAAUUAUUGUAUUAUUCAUGUUUUAUGAAUGAUAUUUCAGAUCCUUUUGAUCCUUCUUUAGAAAUUAAUGUAGUGAGAAAGAAAUCGAAGAGAGGAUAUUUGAUAGUUAAAGUAUUGAGUUAGGAUGAAAAGAAUAUUGCAAAAGAUGAACGAGUGUAUGUGAGUUACGUUCAAAAAGCUUUUGAUUCUUAUGGACAUUCAUUUAAAAAGAUAAUUUAAUCAGCUACUUACUUAAUAAUAAAAAAAGAAUAUAGCUUAGCAUAGAUUCAUUUAGGUAUAUUUAAGAGUCUAUUACCUAUAUUUUGUGAUUUAGUGAAAGAGAAUGAAUUGGAUACAGAAGAGAAAUUGAGAGAAUAUUAUGAAUAGAAUAUUCAUGGAAAAGUAAAUUAAAAAUAUAAUUUUAGUAUUACUCGGUUAAUAAUAAAUAGAACAUAAUGGUAAUGUAAAAGAAGUGUAUAUUUUGUAAUGCAAAAAAUUGUUAAGAAUGUGAAGUGAAUUACUUUACCGAAGAUACUUUUGAAAAGAUUUAGUAGAAAUAAAUGGUAAAUCCAAAUGAUUUGAUGUAAAAGAUAGAAUUGUUAGUGUUUUGGAAUAAGAGUCCAUUUCAAAAUAUUAAUACUGGAGAAAUUUAUUAAUAUUAUUCAAAUCAAUAAUACAGAAAGUAGAUUGAAGGUAUUUAAUAAUAAUAAACAAAUAUAGAUGAGAAUAAUAAUAAUAAUAAUAAUAAUAAUGAUGAGAAUAAUGUGAAAGGAAGAAUUAUUGGUAAAAAUUACUCAUCUUCAUAAAUGAUGAAUGCAAUACCCAGAGUUACACUUCAAGAAUGUUUAAGAUUCUCUGAGUAACCUGAGUAAUUGGCAGAAGAUAAUGCUUGGUAUUGUAAAGUGUGCAAAGAACAUGUACAAGCCUAUAAAAGUAUGUAGAUUUAUAAGGUAUUGAAUUAUUAAUAUAAUAAAGGCUUCAGACAUUUUGAUUUUCACAUUAAAAAGAUUCAAGGCAUCUCAUGGUUUUUUUAAAUAGAAAUUGGAGACAUAUGUUGAAUUCCCAGUUAAAGGAUUAGAUUUAACAGAUUUUAUACUAAAUAAGAAUAAACCUCAUGAUAAUAAUCAGAUUAAAGAGGAGUAGAAAUAAUUAAUAUAUGAUUUAUAUGCAGUAUCAAAUCAUUUUGGUGGUAUGGGUGGUGGACAUUAUACAGCAUAUGCAAAGAAUCAUGUAAGAAAUAUAAUUAUUUAUUAAUAGAUCAAUGGGUAAUGGUAUAAUUUUGAUGAUUCUUAAGUGAAUGAAUUGAAUGAGGAUCAAGUUGUAUCAUAAAGUGCUUAUGUUUUGUUUUAUAAACGUAGAGUUGAAUAAGAAUAGACUUAAACAUUAAAUACAUAGGAGUUAAAUUGA